AUGUUCAAGUUAAGUUUGACCAAGGGACAAUUAGCAGCUGCAUUCAACAAGACAUCGACUAAAGCCAUUAUAAUGCCCAUUUUGCAAACAAAGCCCUUUUCGUCCCUGUCCGCUAAGGGCGAGACCUACAAAUUUCAAUCGCAAUUGCCCAAAUUGCCCGUUCCCGAGUUGCAAGAGACUGCUGGUAAGUAUGUCAAUACCAUUGAGCCAUACUUGACUCCGCAGCAAUUGGCAGACUCGAAAGCAAAAGUUGACCGUUUUAUCCAGCCAGGCGGUGUUGGCGAGGAAUUACAAAAAAGAUUGGUUGCUUUUGCUCAGGACAAGGAUAACUGGUUGGCUGAGUUUUGGGACGACUACGCCUACAUGUCGUACAGAGACCCCGUUGUGCCAUUUGUUUCCUAUUUCUUCUCCCACAAGGAUAUCAGAAACAUUAUUGGUGAAGACCAGUUGUUGAAGGCUACCUUGAUUGCCUACUACACAAUUGAGUUUGCCGAAAAAGUGCAAACUGAAGUUUUGGAGCCAGAAGUUAUCAAGGGAAACCCUUUUUGCAUGAAUGCUUUUAAAUACAUGUUCAACAACUCGAGAGUUCCAGCUCCAGGGUCCGACAUUACUCAGCACUAUGACAGCAAUGCCAACAGGUUUUUCAUUGUUGUCUACAAGAACAAUUUCUACAAGGUGCCCACCCACGAUGCCACCACAGGCGAGAGAUUGAGCAAAGGUGAAAUAUACAGCUACCUUCAACAGGUCAAGAAUGACCCAACACCAAAAGGCUUGGGCUUGGGUGCCUUGACUUCGUUGAACAGAGACGAAUGGUUGAGUGCUUACCAAAACUUGUUGAAGUCCCCUGUUAACGAGGCUUCCUUGACGGACAUUUUCGCUUCUACUUUUGUCGUUUGCUUAGACGACAAUACUCCAAAGACCAUUGAAGAAAAGUCUAAAAACUGCUGGCACGGAGAUGGACAAAACAGAUUUUUCGAUAAGCCAUUGGAGUUUUUCGUUAGUGCCAAUGGUAACUCUGGUUUCCUUGGUGAACACUCGAGAAUGGAUGCCACGCCCACUGUGCAAAUGAACAAUACCAUUUUGAAGCAGAUUGCUCAAACCAAGCCCGAAGAUUUGCUUGCCGAGAUUGCCACCGUGGCACCUAAAGUUGGCCCCGCGACUAUUUUGCCAUUUGACAUUAACCCCACCACGAGAGCCAACAUUGCCUCGGCCAUUGUCAAGUUUGACGCCACCAUUGCUGCUCAUGAUGAAGAAAUCUUCCAACACUGGGGCUACGGUAAAGGCUUGAUUAAGAAAUUUAAGACCUCGCCCGAUGCCUAUGUGCAAAUGUUGAUGCAAUUGGCCUACUACAAAUUGACUGGUAAAGUGAGACCCACUUAUGAAUCAGCCGCCACUAGAAAGUUCCUCAAGGGCAGAACUGAAACCGGUAGAACCGUUUCGAACGAAUCGAAAAAGUUUGUUGAGACUUGGGUCGACCCUAACUCGUCGAUUGAGGAUAAAGUUGCCACUUUCCAAGCAGCCACUAAGCAACAUGUUGUGUACUUGACGGCAGCUGCAGACGGUAAAGGUGUCGAUCGUCACUUGUUUGGAUUAAAGUCAAUGUUGAAGCCAGGCGAGCCAGUUCCCGAGAUCUUUACCGACCCCGUAUUUGCAUACUCGCAAACCUGGUACAUUUCAUCAUCGCAAGUUCCUUCUGAAUUUUUCCAAUCCUGGGGUUGGUCACAAGUUAUUGACGAUGGUUUCGGGUUGGCUUACUUGAUCAACAACGACUGGAUCCACGUUCACAUUUCAUGUAAACGUGGCAAUGGAUUGAAAUCGGACCAAUUGAAGUGGUUUCUUGUCGACAGUGCCAAUCAAAUGCAAGACGUUUUGGUGAAGGGAUUGUUGGGCGACCAAGCUAAAUUGUAA